AUGGAUCUCUUGUUGGAGAGUAUUUGGCGGCCGGAAGAUGGUCGAUCUUCCGGGACGGGAGCCAAAGCUUUAUCAGGCGGCAAGUCAGGCGGCAAGUCAGGCGGGAAGUUGGCGACUAGCAAGCCCCCAACAAGUAUGUUUGAUGCGAUACGGGAAGCGGAAGAUGAGGAAGUCACGCUGGCGUCGAAGGCUGGGGAACCAGGUCUGGACGCGCCCAUAAAUGCCAGCGAGGACGUGAAGGUAUUGUUCACCAAGAGGGCAUGGGGCUUGAGUGUCAACCCGGUCAAGGCCCAUGGUCCGGGUAUAUUCAUGACUUACAUGAUGGGUGGCAACGGUAUCUUCGGCCUCGUCUUCCUCGGCUUCACCAUGAUCACGGCUAUCAAAACUCUCCUCAUGGUCAACAAAGUCUUCGACGACUUCGAACGCUCAAGCAAGGUCAAGGGCAACACCACUCUCCAGCGAUCCGCCUACGUCCUUUUCUCUCUCGCCUUCAUCGGCUACUUCACCUACCGCGCUGCCUCUAUCGGAAUCCUCCCGGUUGGCGACAUACGCUCACAUCUGCCCGUCAGAAACACCACUCCCGCCUGGCCCAAGUACCUAGACAACGACCUUUAA